AUGGUCUUUGGACAGCCUAACAUAAAGAGUUACGCCAGCAUAACAAACGCCACCUCGUCUAGUCUCUCGGAAUUUACUAUGUGCCUUUUUGUCAAAAUGAAGGAUACAAAUUUGAUUGGUAGCCAGUGCCUCUACAGUUAUGCGACUAUUGGAGCACGUUAUGGGAAUGCCUUCUACGUUUGUCUGUUUUUCCCAGGAAUUAGGAUCUCUAUAGACGCCUCGGGAAAUGAGUAAGUGAUGUGACAAACACGAUAGAAAUAGUCUGUACUCGAGUCAAAUGGCCCAUCCAACCAAACCGUAAACCGGUUUUUUUUUAAAGAAAGCGACCAAUAGGAGUAUUAAUACUUCCCCUUGGAUGGGAUGCUUAUCUGUUGCAAUUUCAGCAUUUCAUUCGAUUUCCCCGACAGUGUGCCGUAAUACUCCUGGGUGGAGUGAAGCACUGUAAGAAUAAAGUCUGUCGCCCAAGAACACAACACAAUAACGCACUAGAACAAGAUAGAGGAGAAUUAAAAAUAUACUGGAAUGAACGGCGAAUUACGCGCGAGAUAGGGAAGUGAAGAUGAAUUCUUUGAGCUCCUUCCUUCACGGGAGUUUCACACUUACUUUGGCUCACGUUAAAAAAAUAAUAUGCCUGUUCCCGCAAUGGGCUGAAGUGCUCCCAGUGGAGUAUUAGCGAGGCUUCUGAUGGUUUUGGCAUUGUUAGCAACCACGUUAACAAGCGACUUAAAAAUAAAUAAUUAAAUGAGUCUAGUGGUUAAAUCAUUGUUAAUGACAAAAUUAAGUGCUAUGGCGUGUUGAAAGUUGAGUGUAUGGAGUUUGAGAAUUUCCGUGAGCAAGAAAAAUCGCACAGUGAAUUCCCGCAAAAACGGAGUCUUUCUCUUUUCGAAUAAAAUAAAUAAAUGACACUCUUAAUAUAUCUCCCAUUCCAGCAGCUCACACGAAGUUGUAAACAUGCAUAUAGUGCUACAUAUAGAAUUGGAAUGCAUGUUUACAACGUCGUGUGAGCUGCUGGAAUGGGAGAUAUAUCAAGAGUGUCAUUUAUUUAUUUUAUGUCCAAAUUGAGCACUCUAUUUAGGGGGAGUCAUGUCUCGCCAUUGUGCAUUCUCACAAGUCCUCUAACAUGGGUUGGAUGAUACCACAAUUGUGGAAUUAUUCGGGGUAACUAAAUGUUUACACCUCCUACCUAACAUUAGCAUUGCACUGAUGAGGCCCAGUCAGUCAAGAAACGAGUUUCUAACAUAGUUUUAAUUGUUUAUGUUCGUUUUCUAAGUGAUACAGACGCCAGAGUCAAAAUUAAUGAUACCACGUGGCAUCACAUUUGCGUUACCUGGAAAAACACCAAAGGCUACUGGCAGCUUUAUCUGGAUGGACAACUUCAAAUCUCUGGAACAGACUUGAAAAAAGAUCAUCAGAUACCAGCCGGCGGAACAGUUGUCAUUGGACAAGACCAAGAUAAAGUCGGAGGGGGCUUUGGUAUCGAAGAUAGCUUUGGGCCGGGUGAGGUAGCAGAAGUCAAUCUUUGGAGCAGAGUCCUUUCAGGGGAUGAAAUUGCAACUCAGAAGGCAAACUGUGACAUCGCACAAGCAGGCCUUGUUCUCUGGUGGGGACAAUUUAAAGGAAACGUUACUGGUGUGAAAAUAGUCGAGCCUUAA